AUGCCCUCAUACCAUUCCAUAGACACACACACAUGCACGCACACAGACAACAAGCCGAGUGCAAACCAUAGGGUUGCACCAACAACCCCGCCCCAUUCUCCUGCUUUCCAUCACCUCGCCCCAUUCUCCCGCUUUCCAUCACCCCGCCCCAUUCUUCUGCUUUCCAUCACCCCGCCCCAUUCUCCCGCUUUCCAUCAACCCGCCCCAUUCACCCGCUUUCCAUCACCCUCCCCAUUCUCCCGCUUUCCAUCACCCCGCCCCAUUCUCCCGCUUUCCAUCACCCCGCCCCAUUCUCCCGCUUUUCAUCACCCCGCCCCAUUCUCCCGCUUUCCAACACCCCGCCCCAUUCUCCCGCUUUCCAUCACCUCGCCCCAUUCUCCCGCUUUCCAUCACUCUGCCCCAUUCUCCCGCUUUCCAUCACUCCGCCCCAUUCUCCCGCUUUCCAUCACCCCGCCCCAUUCUCCCGCUUUCCAUCACCCCGCCCCAUUCUCCCUCCUUCCAUCACCCCGCCUCAUUCUCCCGCUUCCCAUCAUCCCGCCCCAUUCCCCCGCUUUCCAUCACCUCCUCCUCCUUCCAUCACCCCGCCCCAUUCUCCCGAAUUCCAUCACCCCACCCCAUUCUCCCGCUUUCUAUCACCCCACCCCAUUCUCUCGCUUUCCAUCACCCCGCCCUAUUCUCCCGCUUUCCAUCACCCCGCCCCAUUGUCCCACUUUCCAUCAACCCAGCCAAUUCUCCCGCUUUCCAUCUCCCCGCCCCAUACUCACGCUUUCCAUCACCCCGCCCCAUUCUCCCGCUUUCCAUCACCCCGCCCCAUUCUCCCGCUUUCGAUCGCCCCGCCCCAUUCUCCCUCCUUCCAUCACCCCGCUCCAUUCUCCCUCCUUCCAUCACCCCGCCCCAUUCUCCCUCCUUCCAUCACCCCGCCCCAUUCUCCCGCUUUCCAUCACCCCGCCCCAUUCUCCCGCUUUCCAUCACCCCACCCCAAUCUCCCGCUUUCCAUCAGCCCGCCUCAUUCUCCCGCUUUCCAUCACCCUGCCCCA